AUGGCUUUAUGUUCACCAGUAUUCAACAACAAAGCAACUAAGCGUCGCAGCUCAUUCCAGGGCCCUGCUAUAUCGAAGAAAGUAUGUGGCAGUCUCUUACCUACGUCAAUUGCGUGCUACUCUUCAUCAGACGAUCAGAAUGAUGAUUCAUCUGAUGAGCAGUCGUGCUACAACGCUGACCAAGUAAAGGCCAAGAGAAGAGCAUCGACUAGGGUUUCAUUCUGCAUGGACUCUGAGUUGUGCAGAGCAGUUUCGAAGUACAGUGAUGACGAGGAAGAUAAUGACGCCAACGACAGUACAUCUACUAGUGGGUGUACUCUCAUUAACAACACCAGAAAGAUGAGUACAUCGUCCGAUCUAGGCAAGAAGGUUGUUUCUGGUGAUGAUAAGUCUUCACGUUCCCGUUGUUUCGAGUACUUAGUUGGUGCAAUUGAUGAAGCAUGGGCAAGAUAUUGUGAUGUAACUACAUCUGUUGAGGAUGAAGUAUAUGGUUACAAUACGCCUUCGUCUAUUGCAACUGACGAUGAAGACUAUCUUGGUAAUACAACUGAUAUUACCGAUUAUGAAAGUGACUUUGAAAUAGCAAAGUCACAGAAAUCAUCUGUAUCCACAGGUGAUAAAUCGAAUUCUUCUUCGCUACAAGCGUUGAAGGAUCGUCUAACCAAGGCAAAGUACUUUUUGCAAGAUCUUGUUGAUUCUGAUGAUUUGACUGAUGUUAUUUCAUUCUGGAAAAGAUGGGACAUGAUUAAGUACGCUACUAUUGAAUUGGUGGAAGACGAUGAUGAUGACGAAAUUAUUGAAACGACCAUUGAUGAGUUAGAAAAUGGUCGUUGUUUUGUAAAUUAA